AUGGAGUUCGGUCCAACAGUUUUGACUCCUUAUAUCAAGAGUUUACUCCUUGAACAUAACAACCUUAGGCCUGACGAUGUGUCCAAUGUACUCAAAUUAAUCUUCCGAGGGUUUGCUUCGGACGUCCAAAUCGCUGCGUUUUUAACAGGUUUGAAAUUUAGACAACUUGAUCAAAAUGCAGAUUACAUCGCCGCUGCUGUUAAUACCAUCAUGGAAUUCUCCCAUCCCAUCAGUAUUGAUCUGGUACCAACCGAUGGAUACGUAGAUAUCGUGGGUACUGGAGGAGACGGACAAAAUACUUUUAAUGUAUCAACAGCUUCAUCAAUAGUAUCUGCGGGUAUGGGAAUACCCGUUUGUAAACAUGGAGGUAAAGCAUCUACUUCAUCUUCAGGGUCAGGUGAUUUACUUAAAUGCUUAGGUGUUGAUUUAUUAAAAGUUAACCUGGAAACUGCAGUUAAAGUGUUACUGGAAUCAAAAUAUACUUUCCUUUUCGCUCCUGCCUUUCAUAAAGUCAUGGAAAAAGUUGCUUCUGUAAGGAAACAAUUGGGUGUUCCAACAAUUUUCAAUAUUCUCGGUCCUUUGAUCAACCCUGCACCUUUAAAAGCAAGAAUUUUAGGGGUUUAUUCGAGAAAUUUAGGUGAAAUCUAUGCUCAAUGUGUCUUACAGUUAGCUGUUAAUGAUCCUGUCCACAAACGAACCAUGGUGGUUUAUGGUGAUAUAGGCUUGGAUGAAAUCUCUCCUAUUGGUACCACCAGUUGUUGGAUCGUUGAAAAUGGUAAAAUAUAUCGUCAAACUAUAUCUCCAAAAGAUUUUGGUCUCCCUGAAUCUUCCCUUCAAUCAGUAAAAUCAGGAACUCCUGAAGAAAAUGCUAUAAUUUUAAAUCAUAUUUUAGCUCAAGAUAAUGAAGAAUUCUUAAUUCAUCAAGAUAAUGAAGAUAAUCAUCCUAUUGUUAAUUAUAUAUUGAUGAACAGUGCAGCUUUAGCGGUAGUCAGUGAUCAUGCUAAGAGUUAUAUAGAAGGUGUUACGUUAGCUAAGGAAUCCAUUCGUUCAGGUGAAGCUACCAAAGCUUUAGAAUCAUUUAAAUCCUGUUUAAAUAGUUUAUAA